AGCGCGAGUCCUGCGCCAGCGAGUUCGCAGUGAACGGCAUCGUGCACGAUGUGGACGUGGUGGGCCCGGGCAUCCAGCUGGUGACGCUGCUGGUGGACCGGGACGGGCUGUACAAGAUGAACCGCCUGUACAUCACCCCGGACGGCUUUUUCUUCCGCGUCCACCUCUUAGCCCUGGACUCCUCCAGCUGCAACAAGACAUGCCCAGAGUUGAAACCCGGCAGCAGGUAUAUUGUGAUGGGCCACAUCUACCAUAAGAGGCGGCAGCUCCCUACAGCUCUGCUCCAGGUCCUAAGAGGGCGGCUCCGGCCAGGAGAUGGACUGCUCCAGAGCAGCAGCAGCUACGUGAAAAGGUUUAACCGAAAAAGGGAUGUGCAAGUUCAAGGUGCAAUUCACACCCAAUGCAUUUGAACUUACCAUCCCAGCAUGUCUGGAUCAUAAGAGACUUGGAAUUGAUUAAGACAGGAGAGGUCUAUCUUCAUGGCCAUUGUAAUGGGACCUUCCUUUACAAUAGGGCACAUGGCUCUUUUUUAUGAACUAGUUGCAUAGUUCCAACUCUAAUCGUGAAGUUUGUCACCUUCUUAUUUACAAUAUGCUUCUUAAAUGUAUGCUUCUGAACUCUGUGGCAGAGUUAUUCUUAGUGCUAGUCAUGCACCUGGCUACUGACCUGUCCCAUUAACAGAUCACUGCUUAAUGCUGUUUAUUUUUAAUUAUUUUAAUUUAAAUACAUUCUCAGUAGAAAUCGUUCACA